UAUAUACUGGGACCUUUAUCAGAUGAUGCCGCUGUCGGAGUUUGAGAUUAAUGCUCGGUGCCAUUUCAAUAAUUACACCACUAAUAUAUGUCAGAGGGGACGGAUGGCUCGCUGGGAUGUCGGGUAAGGAAAGAAAGAAAGAAAGACAGAAAGGGCAGGCGUCUCUGGAUUGAGGGGGGGAGUUUUUGAUUGAGUGCCCCCUCAUGAUGAUGAUGAUAUCUGUUAGAAGGGAACCUGGCAGGUGGCAUAAAACAAUCCAGAGUGCCAAUUAACACUGACUUCUGUAAUUAAAAUCAACAAAGAAGUGAUUGUGAGCCUCUCAAUAAACUGAUGGAUGGUGCUGGUGUGUCGUGGACGUCCUGCGAAGAAAGAAAAGUGCCAGCAAAUGUGAUCUUCGAGUGGCACCACGGUGUCACUUUAACCAACACUGAAGCUAAUAUCCACCCCACACCCUCCAUUUUAGCUCUCAAAUAUUGAUUCCUGCACGUUUUUGCGCCAAUGUCCAAUUUCAAUGGACGCGUGCAUCAAUGACGAGGCCUCAGGCGACAAGAAAAGCUCAUCCGGCAGCUUUAAGAGGAGAUGCCCUUCAGAUCCAGUGCUACCAGUGCGAAGAGAUGAAGCACAAUGACUGCUCCACGCCGGAGUACAUCGUCAACUGCACCGUCAACGUACAGGACAUGUGCCAGAAGGAGGUGCUGGUCAAACCCGACGGGAUACAUUAUCGGAAAUCCUGCGCCUCCUCCGGGGCUUGCCUCAUCGCCUCCUCCGGCUACCAGCAGUUCUGCACGGGCCGGCUGAACUCGGUCUGCAUCUCCUGCUGCAACACGCCGCUCUGCAACGGGCCCAGGAGGAAGCGCCCCGUCCCGUCGGCGGCGAUGUCGAGCCUGCAGAUGAGCCGCCGUCUCCUCUCCCUGACCUUCUUCCUGCCGCUGCUGUCGCUCCUCCCGGUGACGUAGGCUGGAGGAUCCCAUCGCGCCUCAGUGUUCACCUCGGAGCUCAGAUCUCACUGGGAUACACUGAAGGAGCAGAUCUGGACACCACACUGACUCUGUGUCGUCUUAAAAACAAACUGUUAUUCUGAUCGAUGCGACACCAGAACCACUUGGAACCACUCUGGAAAACUGGAGAAGCAGACGGAGCUUUCUGAAUCAUUUCUCGCUCUAGUUUCCAGAGACGGACGCACCAUGAUUUCUUUGCUUUUUUUUUGUGAAGUGGAGCGUUUUUUGUUGUUUUUUUUUUUGUGAGGGAGUUAUUUUCUGGUUGUUUCACGCUGUAAAAGGUGCUGCUGGAAGUCACUGUUGAGCUUUUAUUUUGUGGGCUUUUUGUCGGUUCUCUUUCUUGCUGUCGUCGCUCUGAAUGCGCAGAUUUUGACUUGAUUUUGUAUCCAAAAUUUCUCUUUUAUCGUCGAUAUGUUACGGUGAGGAAGGAAAUAAGAAGUUAAAGGGUUGUGACGUUUCUUGCAGCACAUCAUCGAUCGAUACAUAUGCAUAUUUUCCCACUGCCGCACGGUAUUAAUUGACGUUUUACUACUUGGAAAGAUGUGAAAAUUGUUUUUGAAAAGCCAGUUUGUGUUGUUGCUUCUUCAUCCUCGAUCAUCGGAUAUCAAAGUUAUGAAAGAUAUAUUAAUUAGACAUCGAUUCAUAUAUUCCUUGGUGAAAUCUGUGUGUAGGAACAAGCGAAAAAGCACAAAUGAACUCUCACUUGAGAAAUGCUUCAGGGUGAAAUCAGCCAUAGUUUCCUUUUAAGUUUACAUUUUUAAAGGACGAUAACGCCCAAAUCAUAGCUAGUGUUGCAUGUGUCCAAUGCUCUAAACCAAAUACUGCAUUUUGUAACCAAUGAAAAGAAAUUUGGACCCACUGUUCCGACCAUAUUUGUGAAAAAUGUAGGUUAACAUUCCCCUCCAAAUGAUUUAUUUAUGUUUAUUUUCUUUCUGUGUCUGUGCAGUAUUAUAUUUACAUGUGGUGAAUGUGCUGUAGACACCAACAAUGCAGACGUUCCAACGAGGUAAGAUGCCAAGAAAGUGCGCCGAGGCUCCAUUCGACAUUGUUUUCGCGAUUACUACAAUGUUGUAUUAAUAGUGUAAGACGUGUUUCAGAAAAAAAUAAAAAGAAGAAGAAGAAGAAGAAGAGGAGGAGGAGACGGUCCAUCCGAUGAAUGUGAACGGCAGCUUUUUGACUGGUCUUCUGUGAAGAGUAACACUGUAUUCUGCUGAUGUGUGAUGUAAAUAAAUGUUGCAGAAAAGCUGUUGGGUGGCUGAA